CCGACAAUGUCCCCCUCACCAACUCUUAUUCUCGGAGAUGGGAGUGAAAUGCCUCAAAUAGGCAUGGGUACGUGGAAGCACUACGGCGCCAAGGCUGCCGACGCCGUGUAUACCGGAUUGCAAGCCGGCUAUCGCCUGAUCGAUAGUGCAUGUGAUUAUGGAAAUGAGCAGGGGUGCGGCGCCGGCCUCCGACGCGCUGUCGAAGAGGGUUUGGUCAAGCGAAACGAUGUUUGGGUUGUCUCGAAGCUUUGGAACACAUUCCACCGGAAGGAGCGCGUCAAAGAGGCGGUCACGCGCUCCCUCGCUGACUGGGGGGUGUCGUACUUCGACAUCUAUUAUGUACACUUCCCCAUCUCCCUUGCCUACGUUCCGCCUGAGGAACGCUACCCUCCAGGAUGGGUCUUUGACGGAGAAAGCCAAGUCAAACACGACCCGGUCCCUCUCCGUGAGACAUGGGAGGCCCUAGAAGAGCUCGUCGAUGCCGGGCUGAUUCGCCACCUCGGGGUUUCGAACAUGUGUAGCGCCUUGCUCAUGGACCUACUCAAGUACGCCAGGGUGAAACCCUCGGUUCUGCAGAUCGAGAUCCACCCGUACAAUGUGCAGACCCGGGCAGUCGAGUACGCCCAGUUCCAAGGGAUCGCAGUCACGGCUUACUCGUCGUUCGGACCCCUCGGCUUCCGUGAGCUCAACAUGCCGAAGUCGUUACGCACCCAAUCUCUCUUCACCCACCCUGUGGUUAGCUCUGUUGCCUUGGCGCACGAUGUAACGUCUGCACAGGUCGUCCUCCGAUGGGCGACCCAACGGGGACUUGCUAUCAUCCCGAAGAGCGAUACCAAAGAGCAGAUGCUCCAGAACCUCCGGAGCGAGGAUCUCAGCUUGACCGAGCAGGAAAUGAGCGCGAUCUCUGGACUGGAUGUUGGGCUGCGGUUUAAUGACCCUGCAGACGACUUCGCGGGGUGCCACAUAUUCUCGUGA